AUGGCGUCUCAACUGCUCCCUCUGGAACUGAUCGACAAGUGUGUCGGAUCAAGAAUUUGGGUCGUAAUGAAAGGCGACAAGACUUGCGCGACAGAAUUCAGCGGCACUCUCCUCGGCUUCGAUGACUACGUCAACAUGGUCUUGGAAGAUGUUACCGAGUUCGACUACUCGGGUAACCACACGAAGCUGCCCAAGAUCCUCUUGAACGGAAACAACAUCUGCAUGCUCAUUCCUGGUGGGGAGGGACCCGUAAACGCGUAG